AUGACAAUUCCUAGUCUUGGCCGUGUUGCCUCAUUGUUUCCUCAUAUCGAGAAAGAUUGGUGGAAGAAGGCCUACAAUGAGAUGUACCUCUACACCGAUGGUGACUGUGUCGAAGUCCCCGCAAUCACAGAAGCCGAAUGCAACGACAUCAUCGGAAUAUCUAGCGUGCAACAGCUGUUGAAAACCCAAGAAUCUUCGAUCAAGGUAUUGGAUCUAUGCUGUGGCCAAGGCCGACAUAGCAUCAAUCUUGCCAAACGCUUUCCAUCGGUGAAUUUUUACGGCAUCGAUCAGAGCACAUAUCUCCUUGACCUUGCUCGAAAACGCGCAAUAGAAGAAAACGUGCAGAGUAACGUCACGUUUCAGAAGGGAGACCUUCGUCGGAUUCCUGCAUCGGAUUGUUCCUUUGAUCUGGUCAUACUUCUGGGAAAUUCUUUUGGACACUGUAAUGAUGAAGGAGACCUACAUCAAAGUGGAUGGGAAUGGCUUGAGGGCAAAGAAAAACUUCUGGCCUGCCGGGAACGAGAGCUGUCUCCCGACAAAACCCUCCUCGCUAGCCGAGAGAUUGUGAUUGAUUUGGAAGGUCCUUCGAUCCGCCAAGAUCUUUUCUAUUCCGUCAGACUUUACGAUCUGGAGGAAAUGGACAACCUUCUCCAAAGAUCUGGCCUAUUCCUUCAAGCAGAAGAUGGGAUGCAGAUCACAGCGACCAAGCGAGACGGCCCUGUGGACAUGGGUAUGAUGGAACGCAGGCAGUUGAUCGUUGCACAGAAGCCAGUCAAGUCCACAGCUGCCAAGCCCCCAGCUGUCGAUGCUCUGGAGCAAGACGCGGAUAUCUACGUGCAUCCAAACCUGACACAAAGCUACAAUCCUCACAAAGGAAGAUUGCUACAAGUCUCGGCAUUUGUGUCAGCCGGUACCAUGAUUCUGGCAGAUACACCAUAUGCUUUGAUCCCGUCUGCGGAUCCAUCCCAUCCUGAUGCCUCGAUUUGCAGUAACCUGAAAUGCCGCCAACAAGUGUCACGGGACACACAUAGAGAGAUUUGCCAAAGGAAUUGCAUCCGGGAUGUUGUUUGGUGUGACAAUCGUUGUCGGACGGCAGACCAGGCUCGGCAUGACUUUGAAUGCGCUUGGUUGAAAAACUACGGAGAAAGUCUUCGUCAAAACGAGGGCCAGUAUGCAUUUGCCAUGCUUUGGACAGUCAUGCGUCUUCUAGCUGGAAGGUACAUUGAGUUACAGGCAGGGUUCAAGCCAUCUGAGCUCUAUUCCUGGGAAGAUCGGUUCAAGCGGGGGUGGGAUUCCAUUGAGAUCCUCCACAGUAACCGGGAGAGGUGGCCUCAGACGCAGAUUUUGCACUGGAAGAGGCUAGUUGAGGUAUAUCUAACUCACGAUAAUCAGUCAGACCUUAGCGUUGAUGAUCUAGUGGAUCUCAUCUGCAAAGAAGAGUCUAAUUCGUUCGGGCUAUAUCCAAGUGACACUGGGAUAUUUCCCAUUCCGGACCCCCCAAUCGAACGAGGCGUGGAUUAUGGCUUGGGUAUCUACCCAAGAGCCUCUAUAGUCAACCAUUCCUGCAUUCCAAAUGUCAUCUGGAGAGCAGACAACAAUGGGCGGAUGGUAUUGACUACCUCAAAAGAUCUUGCCGCAGGCGACGACACCACGGCAACUCAAUCCUCGAACGGAGGAGGAUGGGGAGAUGGACUUCUCAAUACAACCCUUUUCAAAGGAGCAUCUGGUCGCAAUUUCGGUCACAACGGUGCAACCACUGUUAGCUUCCGGAGCGGAGGUUAUUGGGACGAGGUUCUAACAACCGUGAGACAAGUUCGAGACGACUAUCAUCCACUUGUUACAAUCCAAUUCGGCCACGACGACCAAAAGCCCGCAGCAAACAUUUCAUUAUCACAAUACACCAGGAAUCUUGAAAGAUUCGUGACUGAGGCCUCUAAUGCUGGGGCUACACCGAUUCUCGUCACUCCUCUAUCUCGGCGCAACUACGAUAAAUCAACAGGGACACCGCGUAUCGUCAUGAGUCUCGCCAAUGAGACCUUGGCCACCAUCAUUGCCGCUCAUCGCUCAAACGCUGCCUAUAUUGAUCUGAAUAAAACUAGCACCUGGUAUCUCAAUGCAAUCGGGCCAGAAAAUGCUUUUACAUACAACCUCAACCCAGCGGAUUAUACCCAUUUGAACGUGCCGGGGAGCAUUUUGUUUGGGGGAAUUGUGGCCGAACUUAUUACGCAGAAACUUGGGACUCUGGAAAAGUCUGGAUAUCUGCGCGUGAAUGACAAACUGAAGAAGAAUGUUGAUUAUGGGAUCUAUUACUGGCCUUGA